AUGGACCAUCCCCGGCCUACGAUACAGGUGGUCAUCAAUGGCCUGGGACAGCCUCAGGGCUAUCCCCUCAACGCCCCAAAUGGCGGACAGCGCAAUAACCGACCGUUACAGGUGGACGAAGCGCUGCAAUAUUCUCCCAUGACCAGUGCGCCGGUGUUUGGCCUAGACUCAAUAACACAGCCUGACGUCGGCGGACAAGCCUCUACCAAUUUCUCCACGUAUUCCCGAUCGGCCGCUCGAAAGAUCAUCCAGGAUCUCAACAAUGAGACUCGUCUGGGCCCGAAGAAGUCAGCUCUGCUGGGAGCGGUUCGUCAAGAGCUGCUGACUGAACACCUGAGUGCAGAGAAACUGUCAGAUUUCAAGUUCAAGCUCCCUCAAAGCUUGAAGCAGAACGGCCACCCGUCGCAAAAGGAAGCUUCUGCAACGACCACGAAAUUGAGCCCCUUUGCUAGCUUGAUGCUAAAUGCCACAAACAUUGCAUUCACCUAUCCCCAACGUGAAGCGUUUGCAUCGGUCGCGAAGCCCAGCGGCGGCUCCUUCCCUCCCAGUACCGACUCCCCCGCCAACGGUCAAAGACAGUUCCUUCGUCCUGCUGUGCUCGUUCCACCCCUCGACCCUUCGAAGAACUAUCACUUGGGUGAGGAUCAAGGGGCUCCCAAACGCCGGAAGCUGAACGCGGAGUACGACACAUCGGCCACCGACCUGCGACUCAAAGAUCAAAAGGAAGAAGCAGAUGCGGCUUUGUUGAAGCUACAAGAUUUCAUGCAUGAGGUUUUUGAAACAGAAGACCGACUUGAACCUGAUACCUCUUCUGCCGCUCUGGCACAAGAGUCAAAUACCAUGUUUAGGGUUACGAAUGUUUUGGAAGUGCGCGGGCCUAUCUUGGGCCCAGAAAGCCACUCUCGACUCCAGAAGUCGUUGCAGAAAGUUACGGGCUUCGGGCGGUUGCACGACAUUCCCUCUGAGUAUAUCACUCGUCUUCAAAAGUUGUGUGAGCAGCCUAUAAUAUCUGCACAAGGUCUAGACCUAAGGCUAGAUGACCCUUCGAACGAUGCCGAUACACAGACAUGGCUCUUCAAACUUGAAGAUAUGUACAACACUCUUCUCGCUAUUGGAACCCUUCUCCAAACCAUGUCAGGGCGGCGGAGCGAGAAAGACCUCUGCCCCGAGGAUCUUAUACAAGCAGUACCCAAUGUACUAACAGCUGUUUUUGACCACUGCAUUAUCCCUGCUGCUGAAUGUCGCCCUGUCGACAAAGACUCAAAGCUUUUCGAACUCGUUAGCCGUGAGAAGAGAAUUAUUGGCAGUCUGAAUCACCAAGCAAGGAAGCUCUUAGUGUCGCUGGCCAACUUCUUUUCGCGAAUCGAUGUUUCCGAGGGGGUGGUCACAUCUACAAUGUUUCUUACGACUAAGCUGAUUUUCGUCGAGAAUGCGCACAACGACAAAGAUUCCGCUAUCGGCUACCAGAAAUUCGAAUCUGUUCGUCGCGCAGCUAUGGAUGUCCUUGCUAAGAUUUUUUCUCGCUACCCAGAUCAACGUCCCUACAUUCUUGACGAGAUUCUCGUGUCCCUGGAAAAGUUACCUUCCACCCGCCAGAACGCCAGGCAGUUUAAACUCAUCGAUGGCAAGAACAUACAGUUGCUUACCGCUCUUGUAAUGCAACUUGUACAAACCACGGCUAUGGAUACACCACAGUCCAACAAGUCCAGGGCCAAACGCCGAAUCCCCGCUCCCCGUGGCGAUAAUGACGAUGACGAUGAGCUUGUUAACACCAAGUACGAGGAUGAAAGUGAAUUCGAUAAUGACUCUGAUGAUGGGUUUACAUCUAAGGCGUCCUUAGAAAGGCUUGCAAGUCGAGCGAACAAACUUUACGACAACGCAGUUAGAAGCGCUCAGUAUAUAAUCAAGUUCAUCGUUCAACGUGCCAUGACGUCAACAAAAACAGGAGACCAGCCCUAUCGAAAUAUCCUCGAUCUCUUCACAGAAGAUUUGCUUGGCGUUUUGGGAUCAACAGAUUGGCCUGCUGCAGAGCUACUGUUACGUAUUCUUGCAUCUCAUAUGGUCGGCAUCGCUGAACUUGAUAAGAGUUCUGCAACAGCGAAGAACAUGGCUCUUGAACUGCUUGGUUGGAUGGGCUCUGGAAUCUCGGACCUUACUGCUACUGCCCAACACUUGAUGCUCUCUAUGGAAGAGGGGGGCAAUACUAUCACCGAGUACCUUCGACAGGCCUAUGAUGAACAUACCAGACAUGCAUUGCAUCCACAAGAUCUCGUGGCCGUAGACGGCCCGUAUCGUAUCACAUUGGAAUACCUACAGGAUCGAGAUCUCGACAACUGGCAACUUACCAGCGCUCGGGGCUACUACUUGGUUCAAUGGGCAAAGACAGUUACGUCCGCGUAUUACGAAUCAGCCGAUCGAGACACUGUUAGUCAAGAUCGACGAGUGCAUGAGCUGUUGUCUCUACUUCCCAAGCUUUUAUCAGAUCCAAAAUGGCUCGAAACCAAUAGUCAUUAUAACAACGUUUCAACCGCUCAUGGAAAGUUCGCGUAUAUCUUGACUGUUCUCAAUAUGGGAUUUUCCAAAGCUUUCGAUACUAUCUUAAAGGUGUUAUUGAAUUCGAUCACUAGUGACCAAGCAAAGGUCAGGAGCCGCAGUUUAAAGAGUGUUAUUACAAUGCUUGAAAAAGACCCGAGUCUUCUCGAUCGAGACUCAUCUGUCAUGCGGGUGAUUCUCAGAUGUGCAACAGAUGCUUCUCCUAUGGUCCGCGACUCCGCUCUUUCGUUAAUUGCCAAGUGUAUUGGGUUGAAGCCAGGGCUUGAAGAAGAAGGAUGUCGAGCCAUUCUUACUUGUGCUGGUGAUGCCACAGCUGGUGUCCGAAAGCGCUGCAUUACACUUUCGAAAGACAUCUUUCUCAAAACAGUUCGCAAAGACCUGAAGCUUGCUAUUCUUGAGAGUUUACUGCAAAGAACAAGUGACUUUGAAGAAGGCGUGGCAGGUCAAGCUCGGCAGACUAUGGAGGAGCUCUUGUUUGCCCCUUUCUAUUCAACCAUUGACACUUUGCAAGACGCGCCAAAAACCAAAGUAGCAUUAGCAGAUCAGGUUUCUCUUGUUGUCAAUUUGGUUCAACGCAGUGAAAAUUCCGAGGAGGGAUUGGGAUCAUUCCUAAAGAAGAUUAUAUCCGAGACCACUAAAUCACCCACUCAGAAUUUCAAGGUCUGCAAGGCAAUGGUCGCCAACAUGUUUGAAAGGGUUAUCGACGACUCCGCCUCGCCCGAGAAACUAGGACAUCAGGCCCUUCUUCAGACCAUCACGGUCUUUGCCAAAGCUAAUUCAAAGUUAUUCAUUCCCGAGCAACUCCAAGCGUUGCAUCCGUAUAUCGGGAACCUCGUUACCGCAGACGAUCUGUUCAUUUUCCGGUCGGUAGUUGUCAUCUACCGCUGUGUCCUCCCUUACAUCUCAUCAGCGCAUAACGCAUUUCUCAAAGAGGUGCAAAACGACCUCUUCAAAAGCGUCGCCAAGCUUUCUAGAUCUGAGCUGAACGAAGUGAUGGCAUGUUUGUGGACUAUCAAUGGCGUUCUUCAAAACCCCGACAGACUGGUUAAACUUACAAUAUCGGUAUUGAAAGGUAUCGGCCAGGCCAAAGGAGUGGACCUCUCCGACAGCAGUAAGAAGGACUUGUUGAACCGGGCUCGCAGCUAUGUGCGUAUUGCAGGUUGCGUAGGAAGACACUGUGACCUUGAAAGUUUUGAGCCACACUUCAAAAAGUCCUUUCCUACAUGGAAAGGUGGCUCUGUGGCUGGUCUUUUGGUCAAUUUUAUCUUGCCAUUUAUAGAACAACACCAACCGCUGGAGCUGAGAACGAUGGCCCUCGAGAGUCUUGGGUCUAUUUGUCAAUCAUGGCCUGCUCAGUUUAGCAGGGAGGAGCCUAGACGAGCGAUCUCGGCCGUUUUCCAGGAUGAGAAUGCUGGCCUACACAACAUAAUCCUCCGGGCAUUCUCUGACUUUUUUGCCAUCCACGAGGGCAGAUUAGAGAAACUCGUUCAACCCCAGGGUGAUUCCUCUGAUCCAGAAGCUGCGACCAGAUUAGGCAGUUCCUUGAAAGCCAACGACAACGAUGGUGCGGCAGCGUUAAUUGCCCAGCACUUCCUCAAGGAUAUGCUGCGAAUCGCUCAUUCCAGGCAAGAUUCAUACUCGUUGACUGCCAUCGAACUUAUUGCAAGCAUUAACCGUCAAGGUCUUGUCCAUCCCAAAGAAUGUGCCGGUGUCCUUGUUUCGUUAGAAACCUCAAACAUCCCUGCUAUCGCAAAGGUCGCGUUCGACACACACAAGAUGCUUCAUCAGCAAUACGAAUCUAUGUUUGAACGCGAAUACAUGCGCGCCGUCCAAGAUGCUUUUAUCUACCAACGGGAUGUUGUAGGAGACUCCAACGGAGCACUAGCGCGUCCUUAUGCUGCGAAACUCGGCCCCCUUUUCGAUAUCGUCAAGAUUAGCAACAGCAAAUACCAGAAGAAAUUUCUAUCCAAUUUCUGUUCAAAAGUGGAUUUUGAACUUAAGAAACUUGAUACGAGUGGAAACCCUCCCGAGCAAUUACUUUUGGCAAGAUUUUUGUGUCAAAACCUGGCAUUCUUCGAAUACGCGCAGCUUGCUGAGUUGCUACCAACUAUUGCAUGCAUGGAGAGAAUUGUCUCAGCCACCGGCACAGUUGUUGCUCAUGCCAUUGAGACCGAGAUCUUUCCUCCUCAGAUGGAUCCUGUCAAGCAAGAAGGUGGCCUUGAUAAUAUGGUGUUCAAUGGUCAACCGGCGAUGGCUCCUUCGCUGCCCGCUAUUAAUCCUCGUGCUCUACGGCACCUUGCCACCGCUGCUGCUAUCUUGUCGAUGCUAUGGGAGGCACGAUCACAUAUUAGGAGGCAAUAUGGUAUCAAUUCUCCUGUCAAGGGAAACGAACGCAAGGGAAAUGCCAAGGAGCUCAAUAAAACUCCGUCCAAGAUCCACGGCAUUACAGGCGAUCGUUUCUGGGAAGCCAUAGGCAGGAACAUGGCCUGUCUUGAUAGCGAACAAAAUAUGCUCGAGAAAUGCCGCUCUUUCGCCACACUACUUUCCAUCGAUGACGAACUGAAAGUUUCUCGUGAUGACGACGCUGAUCGAGAUAGCCUGGACGACGGCCUUGAUGAGGACGUUGGCUCGACCAACAGAGGCAAACCUAUGAAAAGAAAGAGCUCUCUGUCCGGAGGGUUGACGCCUAAACGUCCCAGGAACAGAAGCCGCAACGGUAUCAACAAGAAACAAAUCAGCUCCGAGCCGGAGGAAGCUGUGUUUUUUGACUGA